GCGCAGUUACCAACUGCUACACUGUGUUUCCGUUUCGGUCCUUUCACUCAGGAAACUUUUGUAUUUUCAGUACACCCGCUUUAUCUUCGCGAAGCUGUUCCAGCAGCUUGCUUUUGACGUAAAUCUAGCCAAAAAUGUCGAAAAACUAAAGUUUGAGUCACUGGUAGUGACAGUCUCUGCCUCAUGGUCAUAUAUCCACACCGACGGUUUUAAAGAAGUGGUCAAAUUAAUGCGGACUGUGUGGCCAUUUGGAUCAACACGUCAAAAAGUCGUUCAUUGAAUGAACAUCGAUCGCUUGUCAGUGACGUACCUGCAUUGUAGAUUGUUCGAAUACCAAGAACAUAACGUCUUUAGUUUGUCAUAUAUAUCAUGUAAAAUAGUCUCGUGUCGUAUUUGUCAGUUUGCCCAGGACUUAGGUAUGCAAUUGUGAAUCCUUAAGAACAAUGAAGUGCGAAAAGGCCUCGUGUGAAUCGUUAGCCUAGAGUUAAACUAUUGUGUGAACACAGGUUAACAUAGCCAAUGGACAAGAGCGAAGUAUUGUGAAAGGAUCUUAAAUCGCGAUGUCGUAAUAAUGCGUGCCAGUAACCUUAUCAACAAGAGAAUCUAGGCAAUCUUCUCACAAAGUUCUCACCGCCUGUAGGGAAACAUCUGGCCUAACUGUUCCUCAAAUUGGUCGAAGAGCAUCUCACUGGGCCUGUAUACCCUGAUGGGGCAGUAAAAGACAAAUUUUGAAGAACAGUAAAUCAUACAGAUACCUUCUAGAAAAUGCACACAGAUAAGGUUCUGCGCGGAAUGGGUUACAAGUUAGGGGUGACAAUUGGCGAGGGAAGCUACUCUAAAGUCAAACUGGCCAGCUCCCAAAAACACAACGCCGAGGUCGCCAUAAAAAUUGUGGACCGAAAAAAGGCUCCCAACGACUUUGUCCACAAGUUUUUACCCAGGGAACUGACACUUCUGAGGGGAGUGAGACACGACAACAUUGUCCAUGUGCACGAAUUCAUCGAGAUUUCCAACGGACGACUAUACAUAGUGAUGGAGGCUGCAGCGACAGAUCUUCUCUUAAAAAUCCAAGAGGUAAAUUCCAUCCCCGUUGACCAAGCCAAGAAAAUGUUCUCCCAGAUAGUCAACGCCGUGAACUAUCUCCAUCAAAACAACAUUGUCCACCGAGACAUGAAAUGUGAGAACGUGUUGCUGACUAGAGACAACCAGGUAAAGAUCACUGACUUUGGUUUUGGGAGGUUUGCUACUGGCUACCCCGAGCUGUGCAGCACCUACUGUGGUUCCGCGGCGUACGCCCCACCGGAGGUACUCCUUGGAAUUCCCUACGACCCCAAGAAAUCUGACGUGUGGAGCCUGGGUGUAAUUCUGUAUGUCAUGGUCACUGGGUGCAUGCCGUACGACGAUUCUAAUGUCAGCAAACUCCCGCGCACUCAGCGCAAGGCAUUGGUCUACUCGGACAACGUCACAGUCGAAGAGCCGUGUCGGCAGUUCAUUGCCUAUCUGUUGCAGUUUAGCCCAUCUACCCGUCCAACCAUCCAAGAUGUGGCAGAGCAGACUUGGUUGCAGUAGGCAAGAGACCAGGACAAUGACUGAUUAAAUUAUGUAAUUGGAAAAUACACGUGUUAGGACUACACUGUAUAUAGGCUAUAUUUCGUUAGUCUAUUUAAAAUGGGCGAUAUACGUUUAUAUAUUUUGAACAAUUACGUUAUUAGUCAUUUGUAUACGACUAUUGGGCCUGGCUAUUGUGCAUAUAGCCUAUUUUUCUCUGUUCAUUAUAAUCAACACAUGGUGCAAAAAAAAUGCAAUAGUUACCUUGUCAACUGUUCGUAACAUAUUCUUGAUGCAUAACAACAAAAUCAGGUUCGUUUACACCUGUGACAGUUAAAUAUGCACUUGUCUUUGCUGUCUACAUAAGCACACAAGGCAAUCUCACAUUCGCUACACAUCGAAACGAACCGCUUCAAAAUGUCCAAUAGGCCUACGGAGAAAUCCAGG